AUGAUUUCUGACAACAAAAAGGCAGUGGAGGAGUUGUACGGUAUCACAUCCUCUGUUGAGGACCGUUCUCGAGUUGUCAGCGGGUAUGGUGAGACUAUCAAUCAUCACGGGGCAAAAACCAAGGAGGUCCAAAAUGCCGAUCUUUUCGCUGCGAUUGAGGAGACCAAGAUCAAACGAUGGAGCAAGGAGUCCCUGCACUUGUACUUCUGUAUUUUUAUCGCAUUCUGCUGUGCCUGUGCCAACGGUUAUGACGGUUCUCUGAUGGGAUCGAUUCUGGCGAUGGACCAUUAUCAAAAUGUCUUCAAGACCGGAAUGGAUGGCUCCAAGGUCUCCGUUGUUACUUCGCUCUAUACAGUUGGCUCCAUUGUCUGUACUCCUGUCAGCGCUAUCAUUUCCGACAGGCUUGGUCGUCGCAAGUGCAUGUUUAUUGGCGGAUGGGUGAUUAUUAUCGGAUCUGUCAUUAUCACCAGUGCCAUGACACUAGCGCAAUUUGUUGUCGGUCGAUUUGUACUUGGUCUCGGCAUUCAAAUCAUGGUCGUCUCCGCUCCGGCCUAUGCUGUUGAGAUUGCCCCGCCUCACUGGCGCGGUCGUGCCGUGGGUUUCUAUAACUGCGGGUGGUUCGGUGGCUCCAUUCCUGCCGCCGCUAUCACAUACGGUACCAACUUCAUCGAUAACAACUACCAGUGGCGCAUUCCCUUCAUCUGCCAGUGCUUAGCCUGCGUGAUGGUCAUCCUCUCUGUUUGGUUCAUCCCCGAGUCACCUCGCUGGCUCAUCGCCAACGGCCGAAAUGAAGAGGCAGAGGCGUUCCUGGUCAAGUAUCACGGCAAUGGUGACCCCAACGCUCGAUUGGUCCGUCUUGAGAUUGAGGAAAUGAAGGAAGGUAUCCGAAUCGACGGUAUUGACAAGAGAUGGUGGGAUUAUCGACCGUUCAUCAUGACCAAGAGUGGGCGCUGGCGUUUCGCACAGGUUAUCAUGAUUUCCGUUUUCGGACAAUGGUCUGGAAAUGGACUUGGUUACUUCAACGCCACAAUCUUCAAGGCUAUUGGAUACGAGGCCAGCUCGACCCAGUUGUUGCUCAACCUUGUCAACUCUAUUGUCUCGGCUGUGGGUGCCUUAACGGCCGUAUACUUCACCGACAGGAUGCGCCGUCGUCCCGUUCUCAUUUUCGGUACUCUUGCAUGCGCUAUCGCCCUGGGUAUUAAUGCCGGUCUCUUGCAGGAAGUCGCCAAUACUGGUGUUAUCGGCAAGAACAAGGGCAAGGCUGCUCUUGCGUUCUACUACCUUUUCAACGUGGUCUUCUCAUUUACCUACACUCCCCUCCAGGGCGUCAUUCCAGCCGAGGCUCUGGAGACAACCACUCGCGCCAAGGGCUUGGCUUUGUCGGGGUUCAUGGUUAGCAGCAUCAGUUUCGUCAGCCAGUUUGCGACGCCUAUUGGUAUCCAUAACAUUUCUACCAACUACUUCUGGAUCUUUGUCGGUUGGGAUGUGGUCGAGUCCGUUUUCUGGUACUUCUUCUGUGUCGAAUCCCAGGGCCGAACGCUGGAACAGUUGGAGUGGGUCUACCAGCAACCCAACCCCGUCAAGGCUUCCCUGAAUGUGGACAAGAUUGUUGUUCAGGAUGAUGGUACCGUAACCGAGAAAAUUGAAGCGGAUGCUUAA